UACUACACAGUUUAAAAAGCCCUCUUUCCUUUCUCUCAACUUUGCUCUAGAAACACUACUCCUGCGGCCAUCAUAAAAGCCUUGAUUGAUAGAAGAACCCCUUCCUCUAACUCCUUUCUUUGUUAAGCCUUUAUGUACAGUGUAAUAAGCUUGUUUUAAUGUUAUACCCACUAAGUUUAAGUAACAGUGAAGAGAGAGUCCUUAUAAUACUAUGAGGACGCCAUGAAGAGCAGGACAGUUGUGUUUAAUGACAGAGAGGAAGAAAGAGAAGGCGGCAGACACAGAGCUUCGUUAAAUAAUAAGAUAGUGCAUAGUCUCAAAUGGGUGGGGAUGAAGGUGGUAGCUGGGGCACAGGCACAGUGCCACCACCAAUUGUGUCUCCUUUGAAUUUACAAAGAGAAGAGCAUUGGAGACAUUUUGAUAACUCUGUCAAUGCUGUUUCUUUUGGGUUCGUAGCUACUGCUAUUCUAAUAUCAAUGUUCCUUGUUAUGGCCAUUUUUGAAAGAUUUCUCAGGCCAAGAUCAUUGUCCUCUUCCUCCUCCUCUGCUGCUAGCACUAGGACUCCCACGGAUCUCGAGGCUAAUGUGGUUCUCCAUUCCAAGCUCGAUUGCCCAUCUCCAAAAAUGACAGUGUAUGCCAAAGGAGUAUCAGUGUUGAUGCCAGGAGAGGAUGUUCCUACUUUCCUUGCACACCCAACUCCUGCACCUUGCUCUCCUGAGCACAUCAUAAAGCCAUUUCAUCAACACAGUCCUUGGCCUCAACUUCAAGCUGAAAACCUAACGUCAUGACAGAAAAUUUAGACAAACGAACUGGAGAAAUGAUUUUUUUUUUUUUUUCAGAACAUUUUCCAUCCUUUUGUCUUCAUCAAUGUGUAGUAUGAGCACCAUUGCUGGUGAAUAUGAUACAUCCCAAUGCCAUUGCUUAUCUCAAGCUCGUAUGUAACGAGGAAGCUGCAUUUCUCUUGUUAAUUCCAUGUUGUAAUUUAUCUGGAAUGUUACACUUUCCAUUGAUAUCAAAUGCAUAUUUUCGUGGGAACUCCUACUGGAUCAAAA